CCAAGAGCCGUUUAGAAUUUUGAGCAAGAGUCGAUAUCAAUAGAACUAGAACUUCAUCAAUGUCUAAGCCAAGGUUGGAGGGUAAGGUGGCGCUUAUCACUGGUUCAGCUAGUGGGAUCGGUGAGGAGGCAGUGAGAUUAUUUGCUGAGAAUGGAGCUUUUAUUGUAGCUGCCGAUGUCCAAGAUGAACUUGGCCACCAAGUUGUUGCAUCCAUCGGCACAGACAAAGUUUGUUAUCACCAUUGCGAUGUGAGAGAUGAAAAGCAAGUUGAGGAAACAGUGAGUUACACCUUGGAGAAAUAUGGAAGGUUAGAUGUUUUAUUCAGCAAUGCUGGAAUCAUAGGCCCAUUUGGUGGCAUCCUGGAUUUUGACAUUAGUGGAUUUGACAACACCAUGGCCACAAAUGUUCGGGGAGUAGCAGCCACAAUCAAAUAUGCAGCUCGUGCUAUGGUGGAUAGAAAUAUUCGAGGAUCAAUCAUAUGCACAACAAGUGUUGCAUCUUCACUUGGAGGAACAGGUCCACAUGCUUAUACCAUAUCAAAACAUGCUCUAGUUGGUUUAGUGAGAGCAGCCUGCAGCGAGCUAGGCGCUUAUGGUAUCAGAGUUAAUUCCAUCUCCCCAUUUGGAGUUGCCACACCUCUUGCAUGUACAGCUUAUCAUUUGAAACCUGAUGUAGUUGAAGCUAAUACUUGUUCUAUUGCCAACUUGAAGGGCAUUGUCUUAAAGGCUGGGCACAUUGCGGAGGCUGCAUUAUUUCUGGCUUCCGAUGAAUCUGCUUACAUAAGUGGCCACAAUUUAGCUGUUGAUGGAGGCUUCACAGUGGUUAAUCACAGCUAUUCAACCUAAGUGCGAUGGCUUUUCAGAAUGAAGGAGCCAAUCAGCCAAUAUUUUAUGUCUGGUUGGCAUUAAUUUAUUGCUUCCAUGUAAAACUAAAGUAUUUUUAUUAUCAAGUCAAACCUUGUUACCUGCACUUCGCAUGUGCAUUUUCCUUGUAA